GGGGAGCACUACUCCGGUGACCAGACCCCUCCCUCCUCCCUGCGGCCCUCAUUCGUGUGCCGGGUGCGGUCCCGCCGUCCGCCAUUAGAGGGCAGUGCGGCACCGUUUCACCCCCCCCACUUUUCGGCAGGCGGCGGCCGGAAGUGCUGGCGGCUGAGGCCGCGGCGGCUCCUGCGCAUGCGCGUUGCUGCCGGGCCCGCUUCCCUCCUCCUCUCUCCCCCCCCCCAGACGCGGCCGCUCGGUGACGCACCGCAGCCUUCAUGUGAGAGAUGGCGAAUGCCGAAGUGAGCGUCCCUGUGGGUGAUGUGGUGGUUGUACCAAGUGACGGCAACGAAGGGGAGAACCCGGAGGAUACCAAAACCCAGGUGAUCCUGCAGCUCCAGCCGGUGCAGCAAGGGAUUUACCAGGAGAGCUCCGAGGCCAGUGCUGCUGUGGUGGCUGUCGAAACCCACACCAUCCACAAGCUAGAAGAAGGGAUCGACCCCAGCAGCAUCGAGGCGAAUGAGGAGAUUGAGAUCGCCUACCCCAUCACGUGCGGGGAGAGCAAAGCCAUCCUGCUCUGGAAGAAGUUUGUCUGCCCAGGGAUUAAUGUCAAGUGUGUGAAGUUCAAUGACCAACUCAUCAGCCCAAAGCACUUUGUCCACCUGGCUGGGAAGUCUACCCUGAAGGACUGGAAGAGAGCCAUCCGCCUCGGAGGCAUCAUGCUGAGGAAGAUGAUGGACUCGGGGCAGAUUGACUUCUACCAGCACGACAAAGUGUGCACCAACACUUGCAGAAGCACCAAGUUCGAUCUCCUCAUCAGCAGCGCCAGAGCACCAGUGCCGGGGCAGCAGAGCGUGGUGCAGACCCCUACAUCAGCUGAUGGGAGCAUCACCCAGAUCGCACUGUCAGAAGAGAGCAUGGAGGAGGGCAUCGAGUGGAACUCAGCUCUGACGGCUGCUGUCACCAUGGCCACUGAGGAAGGCAUGAAAAAGGACACGGACGAGAUCUCGGAGGACACGCUGAUGUUCUGGAAAGGAAUAGCUGAUGUGGGGCUGAUGGAAGAGGUUGUGUGCAACAUCCAGAAGGAGAUAGAAGAAGUCUUAAGAGGUGUCCAGCAGAGGCUGGGUCAGUCUCCUUUCCAGAUGACAGAUGCUGCAGUCCUGAACAACGUUGCCCACACAUUUGGCCUGAUGGACACAGUCAAGAAGGUUCUGGACAACAGAAAAAACCAGACAGAGCAAGGAGAAGAGCAGUUUCUUUACACUCUGGCAGACCUGGAGCGGCAGCUGGAAGAGCAGAAGAAACUGGCCAAGGACCAGAAGGCGAAGUCCCAAACCAUCCAGAACGUGGUGCUGAUGCCCGUCAGCGCUCCCAAGCCCCCCAAGAGACCCCGCUUGCAGCGCCCGGCCUCCGCCACCGUCCUCAGCCCUUCCACCCCUAUCCAGCAGCCCCAGUUCACCGUCAUCUCGCCCAUCGCCAUCGCACCCGUCGGACAGCAGUUCUCCGUCGGGAACAUCCCAGUGGCCACCAUCAGCCAAGGCUCCAGCCCGGUGACUGUUCACACCUUGCCUUCCGGCUCCCAGCUCUUCCGCUAUGCCACCGUGGUGUCCUCCUCCAAGACCAGCUCCUCCGACACCGUCACCCUCCACCCGUCCUCCAGCCUGGCGCUGCUCAGCUCGGCAGCCAUGCAGGACAGCGGGGCCCUGGCCAACGUGGCCACUGUGGUCAACCCCGUGGAGCUGGUGGCCAUGGAGUCUGGGCUCACCUCCACCAUCCAAGCUGUUGAGGGCACCUCCGAGGAUGGGCAGACCAUCAUAGAGAUUGACCCGGCGCCUGAUCCUGAAGCUGAUGCGGAGGAGGCGGAGGGGAAAGCGGUGAUCCUGGAGACGGAGCUGAGGACUGAGGAGAAAGUGGUGGGAGACGGGGAGGAGCAUCAGCACCAGGUCCAUAACGUGGAGAUUGUGGUCUUGGAGGACUAAAAGUGGGGAAAAAUGAGCUUCAGUUUGGGGAAAGAGUUGGGGAAUUUGGUUUCAUUUGAAGCUUUAUUUGGUGAAGCAUCUUUUCCAGCCACCCCAUUUGUUUCCAUGGCUGUUUCAUUGUCCUGUAUAGAAUAGAGAUAGCUCUUAUUUGGGGGGGUUUAAACACAAAAAAGCUGGAGGAACACAGGAGACCUGGCUCUGUGGAGCACUGAACAACACCCCCUGUUUGCAGGGUCCUGGAGAGACUGCAUCCCUGCUCACCAGCCCAGCCGGGAGGAACUGGACACUGGGCCCGGAGGGACACCAAGCCUUGGUGUGACUGUGGAAGGGGACACAGCUUUGGGGUGGACCAGGUACCUCAUUUGGAGUUUUCCCCCUGGGAAGGGGAUUCUCUCGGACUUGUCACUCUCACCUCAACUGGGAAUUUUUUAUUGCUAUUA